GUGUCAGUGGGUCAGUGCCAGGUCAGUGCAGUGCAUACGUGUCAACAGCAGAAACAGCAGCAGGAACAUAAACAUAUUCUUUGUCAACAGUCAACACUGAAAACUCAAGCCAAACACGUGCUAGAGAUUAUUUAUUUUAGAUAUUAAUCAAAUUCAAUUUUAUUACUCAUAAUACACAUAAGUCUAUGGUAUGAACGCUUUGCGAUUCUUUAAUAAAAUCCAGAAUAGAAGUUUAUUCUGGACGAAGCAGAAGAAAAAAAUUGGCAAAUACAAAAUUGUUGCACCAGGAAAUAUUACUGCAAAACUUGAAGUCCCAGAGUAUAUUAAGAAACCCAGCUAUUUUUCAAAUGGAAUACCUUCAGAAGAUGUACCCAACUAUCCUGAAAUAAAAAAUGCAGGACAAAUAAAAUGUAUGAGAGAAUCCUGUGAAUUGGCAGCAAAUAUUCUGAAAAAUGUUGGAGAAUUCAUUGAGGUUGGGAAAACCACAGAUGAUAUUGAUGUUUUUGUUUUCCAUCAAUGUAUUAAGUAUAAUGCAUAUCCUUCACCACUAAACUACAAAAACUUCCCAAAGUCUGUUUGUACAUCUGUUAAUAAUGUUGCAUGUCAUGGGAUACCUGAUGAUAGGCCCCUUGAAGAUGGAGAUAUCAUCAACAUUGAUAUAACAAUUUUUUAUAAUGGAUAUCAUGGUGAUUGCUCAAAAACAUUUUUAAUUGGGAAUGUUGAUACUGAAGGUAGAGACCUUGUUGAAGCAACAGAAAUAUGCUUGAAGGAAGCAAUACAAAUAUGCAAACCUGGAGUGUUAUUCAGAGACAUAGGGGCUUGCAUAAAUCAGAAAGCUUAUAAUUUGGGAUUUCAAGUUAUCCCCUGUUUCAUUGGACAUGGUAUUGGUCAUUAUUUUCAUGGACCACCUGAUAUAUAUCAUAUAGGAAAUAAUUACCCUGGAAGGAUGGAAGCUGGAAUGACAUUUACUAUUGAACCUAUUUUAACUCAAGGUUCAGAAAUGAUUGAGAUUUUAGAGGAUGAAUGGACUGCUGUGACUGUAGAUAAUGCAAGAACUGCACAAUUUGAACACACCAUACUUAUAACAGAUUAUGGUGCAGACAUUUUAACAAAAGUAGAUUAAAAAUAUAUGUUGAACUGUUGAAUGUUGUUUCAUUUUUUCUCAUCUGGGAUCUGGU